AUGAGCGCGCAACAAGCUCCUCUAGGGGGGCGGAUACGAGUUACCCGGAGAGCGAAGAGCACCGGAGCGCAGAUUCUUAGCCCGACGGCAUCGAUAAGGCAUCUCACACCCACGAUGGGACGAGGCGGCGGCAGCGGUGGGGGCGGUGGUGGUGGUGGUGGCGGGGAGGAUGGAGGUGGGGACGGCGGAACAACUGGGGGCGAGGACGGAGGCACUGCCGGGGGCGUGGACGGAGGUACGACUGGUGGAGUGGACGGAGGAACGACUGGGAGCGUGGACGGAGAUACGACUUGGGGUGCGGACGGAGGUAUUACUGGAGGUGCGGACGGAGGUUCAACCGGAGGUGAGAAGGGGGGUGGUGGUAAGGACAACGGCGGCGGGGAAGGUGGAGAUUCGAUAGGCGACGUAGCAGGUGGAGGUGAAGACGGAGCGACGACUGGAGGGGAGGGGUUUUCUGUUGGUGGAGGAGGAGAUACGGGUCCUUCAACUUGGGAAGAAGCCAAGGCGGCGAAUAGAAGGUUCACGAGCAGGAAAAAGGCCGUCGUGGCCGUCGUCUUGGUAGCCAUGACGAGCCUGAGGUUGGGUGAUUCAGAGGCGAUGUUGGGCUAGGGUUUUAUAGAGAUGGGAAGGAAGCCUUGAAUGCGAGCUGCUGAAGUCCGCCUUCGUGAAUGUUGAACUUGCAAUUCAAUUAAACACUUGGUUUGGCACGAUUCUUAGAUGAGAUGGUCGUAUGGAAGAGCGUUGUAUCUACUGGCCUGUAGUUGCCAUAUUUAUUCGGCGUGCGCUGUUAGUGGGAUUAUGACUUGCAACCGAACCGAACAGAGGGCCCCCCACUACAAUCAGCAUUGGUUUCAUCCUAAGCUUAUGCGGGGUCAACAGUUAAGACCAUCAGAUAGGUUUCAUCGUAAGCUUAUACAGUUGGCUUAAGACUGGUGCACAAUAAGGUUUGUAUAAGAUCUAGAUUUGGGGUGUCCUUAUAAUCCUUUCUAUGAAUACAUUGACUCUUAGUUCAAACUAAUUUUACCAUUUAUUCUAUCAUUCUAUUGCGUUAUAUUCAAUAUCUCCCCUUUGUCCCACAUUUUAUUCCUCUUGUCUUCACCUUUUUUAGAUUUAAUUCUACCCUUCACGAUCUCAACUAUAUAUAGAUAUAGGAAAUAAAAUAAGUAAAAUUCUUACUCUUAUUUCCUAUACUCCCUAAAAAUUGACCAUUACUUAUCCUAAAUAGAAGAGUGAGGUUUUAUAAAUAUUAUUUCAUGAAUUUGGUUGCAUCAAGAUGACAUAUUUAACCUCCAAUUCAUGUUCAUCACCAUGAAUCACUAUAUUUUCUUCUCAUUAUUAUGAUAAUUUUUAAAUUACUAAAAAAAGCUAAAAAAUGUCUUCAUAGAUUUCUUAAAAACUUAAAAUAAACUAUUUUUAAAAUUUAACUUUAUGAGUAAUUUCUAUUAACAUAUUGAUUCAAAUUAUAAUUUUUUCAUUUACAUAAAUCAUAAAAAUUAGCUAAUUAAAAAAACAUUACAUCACUCACAAACUAAUAUUAAUGUUUUUUACUUAAAAAAAUCACAAUUUAUGUUAAUUCAUGCUAGAAAUUAUGUGUAUUACUUCAUUAUUAGAUAGAAACAAAGCAUUAUCACGGGUUUUUAUGUUUCAAAAAAGUAAAUUCUUUUACAUAUAUAGUGUGAUUAAGUCAAAGUUGGAAAGUGUUAUUUGUUGACUCAUUAAUCGUUUGGACUAUUAUAUAGCCCAAUAAAAUAUAACAUGUUAUAAUAAACCCUACAAUCAUGAAAGGGAUGUAGAAACUGCCCACUAAAUAAAUGGAGGCAUUUUAGUCAAUGCCUCCACAUACUCUUGGUCUUUCCCUCCCUCCUUUUUAAAUAGGGGAGGGACAUGGGAGAAGGCAUUUAAAGAGGAUUCUAGUUCUUCUAUUUUUGUUUUUCUUUCCUUUUAAAGAGGAUGACAUUUGGCACCAAAGAAAGAGAUCCAAAAGUAGUUGUUAGGUUCUCUUUCAUUUGUUUCUAAUGGGGGACAAAGGGGCCAUAAUAGAUCUCCUUAAAGAGAGCUGCACACUAAUCUUUAGAGUUGACUUAAAUUAAAACUUUGAGGACUUGAUAUCCAGAUAAUCCCAUGGUUUAAAAAAAAAUAGGAUCAUUAAUUUCCUAUUGAGUUAUCUAAUUCAAAAAAUCAAACAAGACUUCUCAACCAAGGUUUGGACCACCAAUUUUUCACACAAAGGUGGUUAUCCUAUGAAUCUCACAAAUUCUAAGAGGAAGGAUCUAAAAAUAAUUACCAACUUCAAAAGAAAUUUAAAAAUCAACAUACCUUUGCGAUAGAGAUUUUUGAUAUCUUGAAGAUUCUUGUUGAUUUGAGUUUCACAAGCUUUGUUAGUGAUUUUCAAAGGUUCAGAUUGAGUGGUUCGCACCAAGGAGUGGACUGAUGCAGUUCGAAGGGAAUAAGCUGUUUGGGUUGGGACGUAGAAAUGAGGUGAAAUAAUAAAAUAAUGAUGACUGGAAAAGAAAAGGUGGAGAGAGAAAAGGGGGUGGAAUGAGAGGGUGUCGGCAGGAGAAAGAGAGAGAGAGAGAGAGAAUGCGGGGUAUGUUGUGACGUUGAGAGACAGAAAAUAGGGGAUUCUCGUGCAGACGAGAACCAAGGGUGAUUUUUUUAAAUAUUAACUAAAGGGUGGAGGGAGAAAAGGGGCAAAAUGAGAACGUUGGCGGGAGAGAGAGAGAAAGAGGGUUUCACGUGGGGCUAACGGCAAAAAGGUAGAACGGCGGCGACGGCAGGCUGAUGACAAGGUGGACGGCGAGGAAAAGGAAUGGCGGAGGAGAUUGAACGAUUCGUGGCAACGGUGACACUUAUAGGGCUUGCAGCGAUGGAAGGAGAGGGCGACAAUAGGCGGUGAAAGCAAGGUUGGAGGUGGUUGCGGCAGCGGCAAGGAUAGUGAGAGGCAAGUUAGGCUGAAGUGUGGACAAGCAGAUGAUGACAGGAUGGAAGGAUAAUGAAGUGGGAGAAGAGAAAGAGAAAGAGGUACCCUAAAUCCAAGAGGGUGAGAAGAAGAAGAUACCCCUAAUCCAAGAGGCGAGUGAAAGAGAAUAGGAACCCCUGAUCCAAGAGGCGAGCGAGGGGAAAGAGGAACCCCUAAUCCAAGAAGUGAGAGUGAUAACAAGAACUUUCUUGAUUCUAAAUUCAUCUUUUUUAAAAUUGUUCGUAUGUUUGAGUAUUUAUUAGAAAGAGAGGAAGGUAGUUAGAGGCAUCUCCUUCCAAAGGAUGUCAAGUGGUGUCUCUUGGAGGGAGAGGCACCUUCCUUCGAGGAGAAAGGGUGCAUAGGUGACGUGGCCUCUUCUUCCUCCUCGUGGGUCCACCUAAGGGAAUGAACCCUCAUGUUGACUCCAUCAGUUUCUCUCUCUCAUUUUCUCCAGGUAUGAUAGAUGAUUUCUUUUGAACCUAUGUCCCUCACUCAUGUGCGUUUGUUUUUUCAAUUUGGGUUCAAUCUGCUCAUCUUUGUCAUUAGUUUGGAUGUCCUAAAUACGUCUGUAUUGAAGACUAUAAUUCUUCUGAGAUCCGACUUCCACCGUUAUUUCAUGUUUGUAUCCCGUUUCAGUUCUUUACCUUGCAACACCACAUGACCCUAGAGAAAUGCAUUGAGUACAUAUGAUGAUGAAAUGGUAUGGAUCUAAAAUGGCAAAGUGAACUCAAUUAUAGCGAAUUGAAAGAAGCUACGAUGAAAAGACUAUUAGGCUAGGUUCAAAUAUGAAACGAUGCCACUUUGUUAAGAAAUUCAUUUUAUUCUUCUAGUUUCAUCUACGCAUGGAAGUUACACUUUAAUUGUUAGAUCUUUAUUUUUUACUGCAUGAGACUUGGACUGAGGAACUAUUUCCUUUCAAUCUUUUCCUUUGCUCCCAUCACCCAGAAGAGUCGUGCAGGAGACAGGUGGGCUUUUAUUGGGUAUGGAAACCUUGUGAAGGAUAAGGGAAACUACAAAAAGAUACAAAGACAAACAGUGUCAUUGUUCUCGUUUCCACGUAUCUAUUUCCUCCCAAGGCCUGCCUUCUGCCUGUUCAAAGCAGUCCUGAAUAUGUUGCGGCCUUAAUACAGAUAGUAUCAAUGCCAACCUCCAUGUAUAUUUCAGAAGUAAGUUGGCCCCGCGUUUCAUGUAGGGGAUCUUGGACAGUUAACUGCAUCAUUUUCUCGUUUACUUCCUCCGUAAGACCUUCUAGCCGAUUAAGAGCGACCUGUCAGUUGCGCUCGUCCAUGCGUAUUGAACACUCAAACAGAUGGGUUGUAAAUCUUUGUUAACUGUCGCUUCAGAAAAUGAGUUCACACAAUUAAGGAAGUCACAAAGUCGCGCUUGGAUUUAAUGCUCUUUUUAUGUGUAGACGUUUCGGUUAUGACUGCUGAACUCAGUUGCUUUGGUAUUUUGCUUUCCCUGCAAGUAAUUGGAAUUCAGGGUUACAUGUUGAUACGUUCUAGAAAUAUCAAGGCUACUUAAAAUUUACUGGCACAUGCUAUACAUAUUUUACCACGAUGUCCACAUAUAGGUGAAUACUUUUCGUGAAAGGCAGUAUUUUUGCCACAUUUACUGUUGUUUUCUUUGUAUGACCAUAUGUUGGGAAUUUUGGCCUGUAAAACCUUCAUAUCUUUAAUAAAGAUUUACACUAGCUAGUCCAAUGUUCGGAGCAUAGGAACUGUUUUAAAUUAUUUUAUUAGAUUCUGGAAUAGUGCAUCAAACAAGACAUUUACUCUGACUACGAAGUAAACUGUAAGCCUCCGUCAAGUCAAAUAUCUCCAAUGAACCGUAGAGACUACAGAAUAUUAUUACAAAAACAAUAAAUUAAAACGGAAUACCUUGAAAUGGCGUCAUUUUUGUGACAAGCAUAAGAGUCAAGUAAGCCUGAGGCAGAAGUUCUGAAAGAGUUUGCUACGUGAUAUGAGGAGACCGUUUAUUCCAGGCGUCUGAGGCUACAUCUUAUCAGUCAUUUGACUCAAGUGAAAUUUAAAACCACUGCAUUUAACAUCUCGGUGACCAACGCAUAGUCUUACUACUGGACGAGUUGUCUCAAAGUAGUGGAUUUGGAUUUUCCCUCUCAGAAACAAAGCAGAGCUAUCUUUACGAUAAUUAACCUGUCAUUGCCAAAUAAUCAGUCUAUUACUAUGAAAAGUCUCUUUCGUCGAGAACACGAUUUCGUAGAUGAACCAUGGUUUGUGAUUAAAUUCCUCAAGAACACGCAUUCAAUAAAAUCCUUGGUGAGGUCAAGAAACUUGAAACAUUUACUGGGAAAGGUAUAGAAUCCUAGUGAGUUUUCUGCGUCAACUUUGCUAAUCAAAACUGCACAUGCUCAACUUCUUAUUCAAAUCUCAUGCAGAAGAUAUCAUCUUGAAUCUACCCUCCAAUUUCCUUUUCUUUAGACAGGUUGCAGUAAGAUAAAACUCACCACUCUUGGUGCCAUCUACCUAGAUUUUUUUUCCUCCCGCUUUAAAUUUCUAUCACAUGGUAGAACGUUCAAGCUCGUUUGAUACCUAGGAUUGCCACAAAAAUGAGAAUAAACAAAGUAUUUCCAAUUUUUUUGGGUGUUAAGCGCUCGUUUUUACUACUGUAGUCGCACAAAUUUGACGGGGUAAAGUCAUCGAUCAAAACGCCAAUUUGACAGGGCUACAUCAGAUGUCAGGAGCUUUUUCUUGUUGACCUUCUCGUCGAAUGCAAUGCAUAGUCAAGGGAGGCGGCGGAUGGAAGUCCUAGCACACCGUUUUCUAAAGUGAAGUACCCCCUCUUAUCCUAGUCUCCUGCUACCAUUACUCAAAGUAUCCAAGUCUUAGUCAGCACGUUGUCUGAACACGUUAACAUUUUAAACGUUCAUCGUUGACAACUUCAUCGUUGAGCUACUCGUGUAAGCAGGUCCUCUGUGAACCUCAGUUUUCCCUUUCCAGGAGUGACAGGUUCCCAUCUUCUUGAUGACUUCGUGGCGUCAAAUUAGUCGAAAUGUGACUCAUGACAUGUAGAAUCUUUACGAAACUUCUGUAUCUCCGCUUUCAUUGACUCCUUUUUUUUUUGGAAUUUUCGCAUUUUAAAAUAAUGUGGUUAUAUCCACUAGCAUGGUUCAGGCUUUCAAUAUUGAACAUAAAACUUGUAGGAGAUGGCUUGGACUUCACCAAGGUUCUGGUUCACUUUGUAGCAUAACCGAACGGCCCGUAUAAUCGAAUGUUGUUGAACCUAUGAUAGUAAUGUUAAUAGUAACAUAGCUCCAGAUAUUGCGUCCACUGGUGUGAAUUUUCAACAGAGAAAUUAAUGUUUUGCAGGAUAUGAAAGUUUUUCCAGGUAGGAAGUAGAUAAGAAAAACAGGCAGUGACCUUGUCAAGAGCCGCCAACGGAGGCUUAGGACCACCUUGUUUGGAGAAACUAGGUUCGAGUGCUGAGGAUGCGUAUGAAUAACGUUUACGGCCGCUAUUAGGUUAAGAUUUACACACUAGGCUGCGGGCAACAAAAUCGUAUUAUUUUCAGACACGUGGCUCCAUUCGUUGGAGCACUAAUUUUCACGGGUACCGAUUUUUCAAGUUGGUAACUUGUAACCAGAAUACCCUUUCAGUUGGUAGGCGGCAACAUAUCCAGGACGAAUAAGAAUAAUGCCGACCACGUAGACCAGAUAUCGGGACGAACUAGAUGCGUGGAAACGAGAACAAUGGCCCAUAUUCGUCGCUGCAUUCUUUUUGUUGUUCCCUUUAUACAAUUCGUUCUAUAAGCACAUUGAGAAAAAAAUACACGCCGGGGUACGAUCUUCAUUUUACAGAUGGCAAAGUCCUGGUCUUGCCCUUCGUUCUUGUUUUCUCUUUGGGAGAUUGCUUGCAUGUUUAAGGUCAGGCCGUCGUCCGCUCCAAUACUCCUUUUACUCACUAGUUCUAUCAACCCACUGUUAUUUCAAAUUUAUUGCCAGGUAAUGCGUGCAGGAGGCCAUCUUGUUGGAACACAGAAAGCCUGCAAGAACAAAAUCAAUACAGCUGUUACCUAAAGAAACGAUCGGUGCAUCACCGACUUUAUCAUGUUUCGGGAGAGCCAAGAAAUACGCUUCGAAAAUAUAAGCAUCGUCGACUAUUGUUCGGCUCCGAGCUGUCAAUAAAUCUGUUCACUUUAAAAAAUCCUUCCCUCGAACAUUUGUUCCUCGUGAAAUGACGGCCGUCUAAAUAUGGAAAUAGAGGUCUUGUCCCGAAUAACUGAUGACUCUUGUUGGCGGUGUCAUUCCAGCACGGCUGACCCAUUCGGGAGACGUGCAAGAGAAGCUCUCUCGUUCCUGGGGUCACAUCGACCCUUAUGACCUUCCCAGGGUUGUGUAUAGAGAGAGAAUGAGGGUGGUUGCAGCCAUCACAUCUGAGAUGUGUGGGCGCAGCUGCAUGUAGAUCGAGAUGUGGUUGCACGUAGAUCAGUUAUACGUAGAUCGAGAUAUUUUCUUUUAGAUAUCGGUUAUCUUUUUCUAUUUUUAAUAAAUAGCACAUGUAAUCUCUUUUUUUGAGUGUGUGAGUCAUCUCAAAGGUAUUGAGACGUGGUAGUAGAAGUCUUGUUCUCAUUAGGAUUUCUAAUAACUUGAUGAUUUCUCUUCUAUUUGUUCUCCUACAAGUUUAAAUGAUGCAAAGGGAGAAAGAAAACGCAUCUUUUAAAGACCUUCAAUGGGCUAUAGUGAAUGGUGGUUGAGCAAUAGGCUACCUAUUUAUCUACCUAUUUAACAGACUAGUCCGUAUCUGUACAGGUCCCAUGACGUUGCCUCUCUCAUGCUCUCUCCACGUCGUGUUCCUCUCUGGACCUACCGAUUUCUAUUACUGAAUCUCUAGUUAUUGAAGUCGAAUAAAUAAGGACGUACUUUGACGGCGGAAAGCCACUUCAAGCGCAUGGAGUCCUCACUACUGGGGAUGAUACAAAUAACUCCAACGUCAGACACCUUUUAUUCAAUAGCGUAUACGAAUGCAGAAUUGCAGACAAAAGGUCUAGGUCUCAGUUGUUGUCCGUCCAGAACUGGGACUGGAGGUAGUCCACGACCUUCUUGUCGACCUGAAAAGCCUUGGCGAGUAGGUCGUCGUUGAUAACAGGCUUGGACCCGAAGACGGCGUUGGCGACGGUGACCACGCCCGGGUUCUGGCUGCUCAGGGCGGCGAUGGCUACCGCAUUCUCGUGGCCUAUGUUGAGCUGGAAGUGGAUGAGGCCCUCGGGGAAGACGAAGACGUCACCCUUGUUGAGAAUCUUGGUGAAGAGCUUGGGCGGGUUGGAGGUGACGAAGCCGACGUAGAGCUUGCCCUGGAGGAGUGUGAGCACCUCCGUGGCCCUCGGGUGGGUGUGGGGAGGGUUGAGUCCACGGCGGGCAAAGUCUACACGGACGAGCGAGAUGCCGAGGGUGUUAAGCCCGAAGAGGUUGUUGACGUUGACGGGGGUGACCUUGGAUCCGAGAGCGUUCUUCGUGUCGCCGGGCUUGUCGAGGCCAGAGAAGAAGAAGUCAUCGGCCUUGACAUGGGCCGGGUUCUUGCAGACGACACCAUUUACGAACACUGCAACAGACAGAGUAUGAGAAGAACACAGUACGCAGAAGGCAGCACGUCGAUCGCGAGGACUACAUACCCUUGGUGGUGUUGUCUGCUACACAGAAGUCCUGCAGUGGACUCGGGUCGGAGGCGAAGGCUUUGGUAGAGGCGAGGACGAGCACGACGAAGGCAAAAGCGUAGGACGCCAUUUCUGGAUCCUUCGUUCUUUUGUGAGUAUUGGUUCUCCUCAGGUUCUGAUGGGUUUGAGUAACAAAACCUUUCGUGGGUAUUUAUAGACGGCCUGGUGAAUUGAACCGCGUACUAGCGGUUCUUGAGAGAUGGAAUUGGACUUCGUCUGAUGUCUCGGACUGCUGCAGAUGGUGGUCUUGUGAUCCAGUCACUUGUCAUGUGAGAACGGCGGGUCUGGAGACAACAAAUCGGACUUCGUCUCUUCUCUCUAAAUUCUGAAGAACGAAAGGACUUCUAACCGAGUCGUUUCUGGAUGCCUGCAAAAAUUUCUAAACGGGAACGAAAAGUCGUUGCCGUGUUUAAUGAUCCGAAUUCAACGACCCGACCCAGCCCUGUAUACUUAUGUUCCUAACCUCACCAUUUCCCCGCCGUCGUAGUCAGUGUCCCGCGGAGACAAUCUUAACUUGGACUAUCAUUGUCCUUCCGUUUUUCCCCAGAGGACGUGUCUUAGACCAGUAGCUCGCGAAGAAUAACUUGGACUAUUUUGUGCUUGUUAUUGAAAACUCAAUUCACGAAGAAUCCCUUGUGCAAAUCUAGUUUCCUAUUAGCAGAAUCAUCCGAGCCUAAGGAAAAUAUUGACAGCUUUGUUUCGAAGGUUAAUUGAUAUUUAACGAAUGAUUAUUGCGAUGGUAUUCCUCGAAGAUUAUUCUACCAACUGAUUCGUAUCGUUCGAGUUCCAGACGGACAAGGCUUCUUUUAAACUCUCCAACGGACUUCCCGCAUUUUGGGCUACUUUUUUGCUUUGCAGGUGCCCGCAUUUUGUGGGACAGGAACCUUCCCUGCUUGCUAAACGUAGCUGGUAACCCCGUCUCAGUCUUCUUACAUACAAAGUGGACUUUGCUCUGUCAGAUACGACAAGACAAAAAACGACGACAAGUUCCAAAUGCUUUUUAAAGCCUUUUAUUCUAGCGACCAGAACAACGGUGUUAUUGCGGUACCCAGAACCCUCCCCGGUCGUACUUCUCCAUCUAUAACGUCGGUACGAAGGAGGUUCCAACUACUCGCUUGGUUACUUCAUACGUGAAUAAUUAGGACUAUUAGGGUACCCAGAACAUUCUUUUGUGCAAAGUGAUCUGACUAUAUCCUCGCCGGUCGGUUCCCCUGCGCUGGAAGCUGCUUCAUAUAUCUCGGUCCCCGCCGGCGAAAUAAAAAAAAUAAUGUAGUUGGGACUUGCUGAUAUAAUCGCUAACGUUCGCCAUAAACUCCCACACACUCUUUCGGAGCCUCCCUUAAAAUCUCUCUUGUUAUCGUUGAUUAUGGAGCAACUUUCCAAAGAGACAGAAAUGAUAGAUUCGCAACUUUUGGCUCUGGUUUACCGCUCAUAGAUACCUUAUACAUUCUGAACCCUAGAAUUCCCGUGAUAUGAAGUAAUACAGUGCUUGAAAUGCAUGAACGAACCCUUAAAGUGGUCAUACAGUACGACGUCACUGUUGAGUCAUCUCCAUGUCGGAGAUGGGCUUUUUGGCGGGAAAGUAAAGCGGCACUGCCGGUUUGGGGUACGACUUGGGGUGCGGACGGAGGUUCAACCGGAGGUGAGGAGGGGGGUGGUGGUAAGGACAACGGCACGAGUGAUCCAAACACUCUUAAAUGGCCAAUGUAGGGCCUUCAGCCAGUCCAUGCCUCGUAUGGGGUUAAACCCUAUAGACUGGAAGUAGAAGCACGAUUUACUAAAUAAAUUGUAGUACUUACAGCUUCACCCUAUAGUUCACGAGGUAAGUCUUUGUCCUUCAGCAUACUGUGAACUAAGGACAUAAUUGUCCUAUUCUUCCUCUCCACUAUCCCAUUCUAUUGAAGAGAAUAGGGGGCAGUCAACUGUCUUUUAAUGUCUUGUGACACACAGAAAUCAGUGAAUUCAUUAGAUACAAAUUCUUCUCCCCUGUCUGAUUGAAGACACUUAAUUUUGGUGUUCUUUUCAGCCUCAGCCAAAGCCUUAAAUUGCCUGAAUUCUCUAAAUGCAUCAGAUUUGUUCUUCAGUAGGGACACCCACAACAGCCGAGUAAAAUCAUCCACAAUUAAGAGAAAAUAGCGACUUCCCCCUAAUGUGGAUGGCGAGAUUAGGCCACAAAUAUCUAUGUAGACAAGCUCGAGAGGUGUUGAAGCUCUGAAAGCCGACGCUUUAGGAAAUGGGGUGCGGGCUUGCUUUCUUGCAAAACAACUUCGGCAGACAUGAUCAGAAACCCUAAGCAAUAGAACUCCCUCCACGAAUUCUUUGCUCGACAUUUCCUUUAGUGAGUAGAAAUUCAAGUGGCCAAAUGUCGAAUGCCAUAGCCGACUUGAAUUUUCAACCCUUUUGGAGAGUAGGCACUGUUCUAUCACAUUAAGCUUGAGUAGAUAAGGCCUCCCUUCUGUGCAAUCAGCUUCAGCUAAUAAUGAUCUAUCACGAUCAAAUAUAGUUAAUCAUCCUCCAUACAUGAUUAUCAUAAAGCUUUCUUCAUCUAACCUCCCCAUACUAAGAAUAUUAGCACAUAAUUUGGGUACAAAAAGCACAUUAUUGAAGAGAAUUCUCUCACCAUCUUGCCGCUAAAAUAGGAUUUUGCCUCUGCCUUGAAUUUCCACUCAAGAAUUGUCACCAAAUUUGAUAAAUCCGGAGGUUGAUUCAUCAAGGUCCGUGAAGUAAUUUCUUCUCCCAGUCAUAUGGUUCGAGGCCCCGGUGUCAAGAUACCACAUUUCUAGAUCUUUGAAAUCAGUUUGUGAGCUUUGAAACAGAAAUUCACUCUCCACUUCCUCAAUUGUCAUCAACAGAGAGGACGUUGCCACCGAAGUAGAGACCGUUGCUGCCGCUUGAGUGGACUCCGCCACAUAUGCCCGAUCGUCCCUCUCUCUCUUUGCACUAUGACAUUCAUAUGCAAAACGCCCAUACUUCUAGCAAUUAUAGCAUUGGAUACCUGACUUGUCGAAAAAUUUCUUCUCUUCAUCAGAAGAUUGUUCACGUCUUCGACCACAGCUUCUGCCUCACCCUUUACCACAACCGCGAUGACGCCCUCUUCUGCAAGAUGAGAACUCCUCCUCACUCGACAUUUUGACUUUGCUCAGCACUCUGGCCAGCAAUACCUGCUCCUCUUCACGGGACUCGCAUUCCUUGAGCUGCAGUUCGUGCACUGUGAGAGAGUCAAUUACAUCAUCGAGGCUCACCUUGUCUAGAUCUCCAUACUACUCCACAGACAGGGUGAGUGCGUCAAAUUUAGAAGGCAUUGCCCUCAAAAAUCACUACACAACUUUGCGUUCUUCCAUUGUCUCUCUCAAGUUCCGUAAUUCAGAGAUGAUUCGUGUGAAUUUCAUCACAAAAUCUACUACUAAGUCAUUCUUGGCCAUUGUGAGAAUUUCGUACUCAUGCUUCAAACCUUGGAUGUGUGACUGAAUCACUCAGUCCACGCCGAGAUUCCGUUGCUGUAGGAUCUCCUAAUUUUCUUUCGCCAUUUUCUUGGUGUCAAGAACCAUUAGCAAGUCUUCUGGAACUGCAUUGAUGAGAUGCCUUUUUGAUGCCAUCGGGUUAAGAAUUUGUGCUCCGGUGCUCUCUGCUCUCCGGCUAACUCUGCUAAUCGAUAGACUCUCCAAUCAACAAGCCACAGAGUGCCUUUGCGCCGCCGCCAGGAGCAGGUUCCUCGGCCUUAAUCUGCGGAUUCCCGAGGACGUCGCGUUGCUGCUGAAUUUCUGCGGCAGGCCGGUGCCGCCUGGGCUGACGUGCCCUUAA